AUGGACAGAUCAGACAAGCCCAGUAAAAAAAGAGGAAGAACUGAUGAUGAUGAUGAUGGUGGUCAUCGUGGUCCUGGUCGUGGUGGAACGUCUGGUGGCGAAUCUACAGGCAGUUAUAAGAAUAAGGAAGAACAACCUCAGUUUGAGGAGAUGAUGCUCAAAAUGACACUUACACAUGGUUUAUCAUUGCCAGCAUUUAAAUUCAUCAGUGAUACUUCUUGUGGCUUACAUGGCUCUGUUUACAUGGUGAAGUACAAAGAGGAUGAUAAAUUAGCUGCAAUAAAAGAAAUUUGUCAGGACCAUAAAGUCCUUUCCAUAUCUGACAUCAACGAAGCCACUAUGUUAAAAAAGUUAACACCCCAUCAGAACAUUAUGUCAUUGUUGGAUGUAGUUAAUAACAAUGGAAAGUUCUAUCUUGUGUUUGAGUAUUUGGAGUUCGACCUCAGAAGCCUUCUUGAUUCAAGAUUGAUAUCAUUGAUGGAUCAUCAGGUUGCCUCGCUCUCAAAGCAAUUGUUUCAAGGUCUCUAUCACUGCCACCAGAAUAAUAUCCUCCAUAUGGACCUGAAACCUUCGAACAUACUCAUCAGUCAAAAGUUUCAGGUUAAGUUAACGGGAUUUGAUUUCAGUCGACUGAUUUCAGCGAAUGACAGUCUCCCUGACGUUAGCAAGGGGGAAAGUUUGAACUACCGGGCGCCUGAAGUUCUGCAGGAUAGUGAAGAUUAUAGAAUGGUUGCUGACGUCUGGAGCUGUGGAUGCAUCAUCGGUGGGACGUUCAAUGGAACGGACGUCUUUAUUUCCGAGAACAAAUUAGAACAACUGAAUGACAUUUACGAAUUAUGCGGCCCUCCUCCAUCUCGCCAUUCCUCUAAUGCCAACUCGCCAUCGCAACCCGAUCAGAAGCAGGCCAUAGUCUGUCAAAGACACGUUAGAAAGCUAUUCAGAUCUGUGCCAGCCGCUGCCCUGGAUCUGCUAGACAGCAUCUUGGUUGUCGAUCCACUUAUCCGAAUUUCUGCUGAAGAGGCUUUAGGUUCUGACUGGCUGAAAGAUGUCAAUCCCGAGAGAGUGAAACCUCCUAAACUCCCUACUGUUCGAGAGUAUGGAAAGUUUUGUCAAAUCUACCGAAACAACGGAAUUUAG